GUUGAUACGAUUUUUACCUCAUACACAGGAGAACUACAUACGUUUGUAAACAUCAAUUGGCGAAAACAUGGAUUUUAAAGCUCUUUUACAAGCAGAAAUUAAUAGAAAAAGACAGAAGAUAGAGUCUAAAGAUGUUCUGGCUCCAAAUAAGAAAUACUUCAAAAGAGGAGACUUGGCGGCAAAAGAAGAGGAAGAUUAUUGGAAAAGGCACAAAAGGGUUCACGAUGACACCAUAAGAUAUCCGGAAAUAAAAAAAGAGACGAAAACAGAUACACCAGAGCAAACAGAAGAAAAAACUCCUCAGAUGCUUAGAAAAGAGGUGAUCAGGAGACUUCGUGACAGAAAUGAGCCGAUACGACUGUUUGGUGAGAGCGAUUACGAGUGCUAUUUGCGGUUGAAAAAACUGGAAACAGAUGAGCCAGAUGCUAGAGAGGAGGGAUUCAGAAAUGAGUUCAAGGCGGCUAUGGACAAGGUAGAUGAAGAUUAUUUAAAGGAGAUGGUUGAGGCCGCCACGUCUGGGGAGGGAGGCAAGAGGUCCAACGAUGUUUCCAUCAAAGAUGACGGCACCACAGUGGAAGACAUCCAGACAAUGAAAGAAGAAAUUGGAAAGGGAGAUUCUGAGAAAAACUGUGAUAUUAUUCUAAGAUUUCUUAAGUACUUAUUGAAAAUGUGGGGACAAAACUUGAAUCAGAGGCCGGAGGAAGAAAAACGGACACUGAAAGGGAAGGAGGCCAGUGCUAUCCACACUCAGACUGUCAGCUAUCUCAAGCCCUUGUUCAGAAAACUCAAACACAAGACCAUUGAUGAAGACAUUUUGGACGCCAUGGUGAUCAUUGUUUAUCAUUUGAUGCACAGAGACUAUCUCAAGGCCAAUGACGCUUACCUGGAGAUGGCCAUCGGAAACUCGCCCUGGCCCAUUGGAGUAACCAUGGUGGGAAUUCACGCUCGUACAGGGCGUGAAAAAAUCUCAUCCCGACACAUAGCUCAUGUGCUCAAUGACGAGACACAGAGGAAGUACAUACAGGCAUUAAAGAGAUUGAUGACACAGUGUCAGAAGAUUUUCCCAACAGAUCCAUCCUUCAGUGUCAACUACGAGAGACCUAAUUCAUGAGAGCCAGAGAAGAAGGUUACCCUAAUAUUCAACUAAAUUUAUCAACACCAGUCUUUGCUCAAGAUUGUGCAUUGUAAUAGAGAUUUGCAUGCCCUGCAGAUCUAGAAUUUUUUAAAGAAAUAUCACCAAAACAAUGUCUGUGAAAAUAUUAAUUUUAUUCUAAUGAAAGCUGUUAAACUGGAAGCAAAACUGGUGUAGAUCAAUGUCGAAAUUUAAACAAAACUGAGCAAUCAGUUGAGAUAAUUUGGAAAGUCUGUGCUAUUCUUUAAGUAAAAAUUAAAUGUAAAAAAAAAUCUUGUUUGUAUGAAAGUUUUGUAAUUAUGAAUAUGCAAAAAUGAAAUAAUGGAAAUAAAAAAAUUCCAAAAGUUAUAAAACUGUUUAAUAUACUGCUAAUGUAAGAACAGAUGGCUAUCCUUUUUGUAAGAUGUAAAUAGUUAAUAUACAAGGUUCCAUAUUCUAUGUAUCUUGAAAAAAAACCCCAGAAACCUCUGACGAAGACAUACUUUAUAAUUAAAAGUAUAUCUAGCAUCA